CAACCAAACCCGAACGUCGCCGCGGCACCAGCCGAGCACAGACAUCCUCUGCUCCGAGGUAUCUACUCGUUGAUUCUGCUUGAAUCGAUUCUAUGGCUUCCUCGUUUGGCAGCGAUCACCCUUUUAAGACCACGUGUUAUAGUGCUGUUUUUGAAGGAGACAAGCGCGCGCGCGCAAGAGCUCUCUCCCUGGUGCAGGAUGCCCAAGCCCAAAGCUUCAUCAAAGCAAAACAAGCCGGGGGGGGCCUCUACGCCUCAGACCCCCUCAACGACGACUGCACCCAACUGGCCUCGAUUUAAGCCGACUCUUCCUGUUGUUCCCUUAACUCCAGAGCUACAUCCCACGACGGACAAGAUAGCUCUGAUUCCUUGCUUCUUCCCCAAGUCUCUCUGUCGAGAAUACGUCCUGUUCCUCAAGACCCUUCCGCUGCAGACCACGCCGUCGCGGCCGAAGCGCGGCGAAGCCGUACGUGUCAACGAUAGGUUCCAGAUUGAGGACCAGGCGUUUUCUAGGAGGCUCUGGGAGCAGACUGGCUUGAAGGAGGCGCUCAUUGAUAAUGAGGAGCUGAAAGAGCUAUGGGGAGGCGAACCCGUUGGCCUGAGCCCCAACAUUCGAAUUUACCGGUACUCCAAGGGCCAAUACUUUGAUUGUCAUUACGAUGAUUACAAUACCGUCACACUUCAUGCUGAGACGCCCAUAGCCGCCAAGACAACGUGGACACUGCUCUUGUACCUUACGUCGGCGGCAGAAGGUUGCGUCGGCGGCGAGACGGUCUUUUAUCCACACGACCGAAAACUCCCGUCAGAAGAGAUCGCCGUGCCUCUCGACACGGGCAUGCUUCUUCUGCACAAGCAUGGAGACGACUGUCUACUGCAUGAAGGACGGGAGGUAACAGCUGGAGAGAAAUGGGUGCUCCGCACGGAUUUGUGCGUGAGAAGAUGAAGCGUCGCGCUAGUAACAUACAUACACAUGUGCACCUCAUCUUGUCCCUUAAGAGAUCUAAACCUCGACGGAGGAUUGUUCCACGAAGGGCACGGGGACCAGCUAGGCAUCGGCUCGCGACGGCGUUGAAACGUGUGCAACAGCAGCAGGGUGUUGACGAGACCGGCGACCUCGGUAACGUGUAGAUCAGUUCGCUUAACCCAUCAUUCAAGAGACCGGUAGGUAUCGUGCUCUUGGUAUCACGAUAAGCAGCUCAAGAGAACCGGGGCGAGCGUCCGCCUCAUUGUGCUUACAGAC